AUGGCUACCGGGUCUAACCCUGCAACCAUCCUAAACACCAAUGCACCACAUCAAACUCUCAUCAGCAUCAACGUUGCUGCUCAGGCUCCUCUCAAACUCUCCUCUACCAAUUACCUUUCCUGGAAAUUACAAUUCCAAUCCCUCUUCAUUGGCUAUGAUCUUCUUGGCUAUAUUGAUGGGUCCAAACCAUGCCCGCCAGCUACCUUGACCCAAGAAAAUACCACCACACCCAAUCCCAGUUACAGUUUAUGGAUCUGA